AUGUCAACAAGUUCAAAUCCACAACAUCAAUCUUGCAUUCAAUCUACACCUAACUACCAUCUUGUCUACAGAGGAAUCAUGGAUCCUCCGACUAUAAGAUAUUCCCCCAAAGAGAUUUCGGCAAUACUCCUGGACUUUUAUACGUUUUUAACCACUCUUCACUUCGACCCUCAAUACCUCAAGACCCCACCACCUGAGGGUUGGUCCGGUUUAGACCCUUUUCUGAAUCAUGCCGCAAGGUCAGAUGAAGAUGGUGAAGUGAUCAAACAGAUACCUUACUUCGACGAUCGGGAGUUCGUGUAUUGGGUUCACUGUAAGUCCCGACUUAUUGAUUAUAGAAACAUACCUCAAAAGGAGUUUUCUUUCAUUAUGGACUGGAGAGUACGUGUCGACAAUGAAUUGUGGUCAAAACGACGCGACACUAUUAUUGAUCUACAUGACGUUUCCCCUCUCGCACUCGACCACGAAACUGGGGGAAUACAUCUCUGGUUGAACGUGGGGGAUGGGGAGAUAACCGAUGAAGAGAAUAAGUUUCAACAAAGCGAUCCUAUGGAUAUCAAGGAGUACUUUAAUGGGUUGAAAGAAGCCUAUAGAAACCUUGCCCUUAUCCCCUGCCCAGGCAGAGUCACUAUUGAGGUACUCCAUCCUGUUGAUGAGCUGCCUGAGGGCAAGACGAUUACUGAGGGAGAAGUAAUUGCACAGAAACAUAUAUCAGGCAGCUUUAUCGGGAAUUUGGGUGGCCCAAUGCUUUUAAAAAAGGAUGAGGCUUUUCGCCCAGUGGAUCAAUUGAUGGAAAAGCUUCCAGAGGGUCGUUUGGGCUGGGAGGGUGACUAG